GUUUCCCCGCGGCGCCAUGGUUGCGUCGUCGCGCGAAGGUGUCCACUGUCUCGGGGACGAGUCAGCGAGCGGCGUGUGAGCGCGUGAGCCCGAGGCGGAUUUGCCGAUGAUACGGGAUACGCUGGGUGAUCAUGUUCAGGGUGAUCAUGUAGAGCUCGCGGCGAGCCCGGUCAGGCGUUUCCGUGAUUACCCUUGAGCGCAGGAACCGGCUCGCGUGUUGGCGACGUUGUAACAAACGAGCCAGUUCGCGCGUUCCAUGACUUCUCCACUCGAUCACACGUUGACAGAAGAUGACAGUAUUAGAAACGGAGGAAGACGCAGAUAAACGCUCGGUUCCUCCCAGAAAGAAGUUCUGCCUGUCCCUGUCAGGUCGCGGACGUGCAAUUCCCAUCGUCGUCCCGCAGCCCCCUCCUACUUCCACGAGAGGGGGCCUUCUGGAUAGAACGGAUUUUUCAUUUAGUACAAGCAAAAUGUUGAAUGGCUAUCGAAAUCAGCUGAGCAAUCACCAGGAUGGAAAUUACGACAUGUCUGGUGCCAAUACGGAAGGAUUGAAGAUAGCCACUUUAUGCAAUCUGGGAAAUACCUGCUUCCUCAAUAGUGUAUUAUAUACUUUAAGAUUCGCGCCUUCCUUUCUGCACAAUUUACAUCAUCUAGCCACUGAUUUGUCUAACCUAAAUGACAAGCAACUUCAGACAAAAGCCAAAUCUUCCUCAUUAGGUAGAACCGGUGUAUCGCUAACAUCGAGCAGUAGUCGUAGCUGGAGCAGUAAAGAUCUACUGGCAUUAGCUGGAUCGACAGCAGAGGCCAAUAAACCACGUAUUCAAAUAGCCACUGAGAGAUUACACGAGCUUUUUAUGGCGCUACGAGCAUCGGAGAUGAGAGAGAACAGCGAACCGUACCAACCGGAUGCCUUUUUACAAGCUCUUAGAGAAGUAAAUCCGAUCUUUGAGGGAAAUCAGCAGCAGGACGCUCAUGAGCUUCUGGUCUGCUUGCUCGACAACAUCAGGGAGACUUUCCAAUUACUUGUCAGACACCGAGAGAGCCAAUUCGGCCAGAGCAACGGCGGUUUUCCAACCGAAUUUAUCACGAAUCACUCGACGUCGGACCGGUCGGACGCACAGUCGGAGAGCGGUUACAGCAGUGCCUCCGGGUCAUCCAAGAGGAGCAUUCGCAAGUCUAGGAAGAAGAAGAAGAUCACGAGCAAAGGGAAUUCGGUGUCUGUCGCGCAGCCAAACGCGAACGGCGUAGGAGGAUCCGCGAGGCUGUACGAGAACGGUCACGCAGAGUUUGAGAGCAACGGCGACAUAGGAAUACGUAAGCCGGAGAGCAAGAAAUGUUUCAUCUCAGAGGAUUUUGAGGGUGUCAGCCUAUUGCGCACGACAUGUCUCGAGUGCGAACAUGUGACGGAACGGAAGGAGACGUUCUGCGAUAUAUGCGUUCCCAUUGACAUCGAUUGUUCAAACGAGAAAGAUGACGAUGGUGAAUUGGUGGAUAGCAGUGAGGUAUACAAACGCGCUGUAGUGACUAGUGAACUGCUUUGGGGUAGGGACAAGUACUGGUGUGCACGGUGCCUACGAUACAAUGAGGCUCGCAGAGCCGUAUGUUUUCCCUCCUUACCCAGACUCCUCGUCUUGCAGUUGAAGAGAUUUUCUACUGCCGCUGGUUCGAUGGAGAAAAUCAAUAAUCACAUGCCAACGCCGCUUACUUUGCAAUGCUUCUGCGAGGAGUGCAGCAACGACGAGACCCAUGGGACGACGGCUGGCAGCACGGAGACGCGACACGUGUACAAAUUAUACUCGGUUAUAAUGCAUCAAGGUGCAACGAUGACCGCCGGGCAUUACGUCGCUUACACACGUUUACCCGAUGAACCCGCGUACGCGGAGUACUCCCAAUGUGAUCGCGACAAUAAGCGGCAGAACUCGAGCCAGGUCGGUGCCGCGAGCGCGAACUCGUCGUCCGACAAGCCGACGGGCAUACUCAAGUACUUCAGGAGCAAGCCCAGCGCGAACGAGAACAAGGAGCAGCCCGUGAACAGGGUCGGCUGCCGUAGUAUGGACUGUUGCGGCAUCAGGCGAAAUAAGCAGGGCGUCACCUGGCUGGAGUGCGACGACGAGGCGGUACACGUGAUCCCGCAGCGAGAACUCGAGGACAAAUUGGCGCCCAACGCGCGGAAUUCCGCCACCCCGUAUCUCCUGUUCUACGUGAGGUCGACGACGUAAGCCGCUUGUUUUUCGUUUCCCCGGCGCGUCGGAGGUUCAAUAUCAAAAUGCCUCCGCUUGGAGGAUCCCUCCAAGCGGGACAGCAGCGAGCACACGAUGACAAAAAACGGGCCUCGUUCUUCCCGUAUUCGCCCUCUUUCUCUUCUUCUCCCCCUCCACCCCCCCCCCCCUCUUCCUCCUUCGUAUUUUCCAACGACCACACUGUGAUGUAUAUCGCACAUUCCAGACCACUCGAGUUCUUCUUCCUGUAUACAUGCCGCAUCGGGCUUUAGAGACGCGAGCGUGUAUUAUUUUCGUAGGGAAUAAAAUUGAAAACUGUCUGUCGCCAGUCAUGUUGUAUACACGUUAGAUUUCCCGGCGAUCGGCCGGCUUACGCCGAGUCGACCUCCGUACAUCGCGUAACGAAUGCUCGACGUAACGAAUCGACGGAGCGAUCGAGCGCCGUGAUUCCGCGCGUAGACAACCUAUAGCCUUAGUUGGGACGUGGAACGUUUUAUUAUUGAGUUACUCUUAUUGUAAAAUAAUAAAAAAAAAUAAUAAUUAUGUAUUCUUGACAUA